AUGUCGGACUCAGAGGAUGGAGCUGGUGUGCCGCUCAUCGAACCUGGAUUCUUGCGGUCACCGUCACCUGCGAAGGGUGGAAAAAGGAAGAGGGAAGAUGACGUCGAACCGAAGCAGAGCAAGCGGGCAGAGAAGAGAAAGAAUAAAAAGCCGAAGAACGCCGACAAUGAGGACUUGAACGAAGAGCUUGGUUUGAAUUUGGCCAUCGGACGUAUGGACAGCCAGUUGCUGGCUGAUUACAUGGCGCAAAGGACCAAGCGGUUUGAGCCUGACCUCAGCAUGGUGGAGUUGGAGGACCGCUACGUUCCAGAGAAGGCGAUUCUCGACACUAGCAACUGGGAGCAGCAGAGAGAUCUAGAACAUCUUCCUGCCUUCCUGGAAAAUUACGCUAAGCGCAACCUGAAGAAAACUUCAAAAGAGAAGGGCAGGCCGCAUACGCUUGUUGUUGCCAUGGCCGGUUUGAGAGCGGCAGAUAUGGUCAGGGCUCUGAGGAAGUUCGAAGACAAGGGUGUCAAAGUCACAAAGCUCUUCGCCAAGCACAUCAAGCUGCAAGAGGCGAUUGAGAACUGCAAGAAAUUCAAGAUGAACAUAGGCGUAGGCACCCCGAAGAGAAUCAUUGACCUGCUUGACAACGGUGCGUUAUCGUGCGAGAGUCUCGAGAGAAUUGUCGUGGAUGCGUCGCACAUCGACGUGAAAAAACGCGGAAUUAUGGAAAAUCAAGAAGUCCAGAAAGAACUCGCCCAACUUCUGGCUCGCUCAGAAUUCAAGAGUCGGUAUGGUCAGCCGGAGAAGAAAAUUGAGGUGAUCUUCUAUUGA